CAGACUUACACUAGUUGCCUAGCAACGUCAUUAUGACUUUACAAAGCGCGAAAUGUAAACAAAGCAAUGUGAGUACACGCGUCACUAUCUCAUCGUUUAUUUAAGUUUUAUUUAAAUACACUUUAUUGUAUUACUGAUGAUCAAAUUAUGGAAAACACAGCCUAUAAUGUACUUCAAACGGAAGUUGACUUUUAUAGGCAAAACCAAUCGGUAGUAGACCAAGAAGUCCGCACGCUGAUAUCGGACAACGAAAAACUGUCUCGCCAGGUGAAAAUGCUCCUCAAAGAAAGAUUGGAGAACGAGAGCCAUGAUGUGGACUACAGCAAGGAGUUGGAAGACUUGAGGAAACAAGUCAAUCUUAUUGCUAAGGAGAGAGAUUCCAUUCACGUCCUGUGGCAAACUUCUCAAAGAACCAUAGAGGCGUUGGAGAACGAACUUCAAACUUACCAAGGAUAUGAAAAGGGGAAUAAACAAGACAUAAAAGAAGAAAACCGUAGUCUUGAACUGAAGCUCGACACAGCACUGAGGGAUUAUAUCGAAUUAGAAUCCAAAUAUAAGGAGCUUCAAAAGAAGCACAGCGUAACGGAAAAUGACCUGAUUAAUAGGAAGAAGGAAAUUAAUACUUAUAAGGAAAGAGGUAAAACAUUGGAAAACAAAUUGGAGAAGACAACAAAAGAGUUAGAAGUGAACCGGAUCAAUUUAGCAGUGGAGAGAAAAAACAACGAAGAUCUAAAGUCGCAAGUGACAGCGUUGCAGAAAGAAUGCACGGAAAAAGCUAAGAAAGAAAUGGAGGCCAAAUCUAAAGUAGCCGAAGCGUUGCAGUUAUUCGAUUUAGUUUCGAAGGAGAAGAAUGAAUUGCAGAAAAAAGUCGUGAAACUAACAGGUGAAAUGUCCACACUAAAACAAACAUUAUCUAGAGUGAAGCAAGACACAGAAUCCAGCUACAGAGCGGAGCUAGACGAAGUAAAAGAAAAAUACAAUGAAAAGGUGGCUGACAUGCUCGAGCAUAUCAGGAACUUGGACACGGAGCUGGUCGAAAAGGGAUUGCUACUAAGCAAAACUCUUAGGGAAAACAAAGUCCUCCAAGCGACGAACGAGAGCUUUUUGAAGCAGCAGAAGAAUGAGCUCCAAUCCGUGGACCCGAAGCUAGCCCUCGCGGAGCAGCGAAUGGAAACACUCUUCCAAGAACUGGUAGCUUCAGAAAGGCGGAACAUCCAGCUGGUAUGCGAGAAGCAGAGCUUAGCUAUAGAUAUACAGAGGAUACAAGACAGCCACACGCGUGAAACGAAGCGACGCGAUUGGGAGGAAAAGCUACUGCAGUCACAAUGCGACGAACUUAAGAUUCAAGUGGAGCACUUACAGAAAUCACUGGAAGAAACGCAUGCUAUCAUCAGUAAAUUGCAAACUAUGCUCACAUCUCGGACUGAGCUAAAUCAAAAGAUGGUGUCAACUAAAGAAGAAGAGUUAGCAGAGCUCCAUAAACACUUGGAGAAUCAAAUGGAACUUAGUAAAAAGUGGAAAGAAUCCUACGUAGAAAUGACAACAAAAUUAAAGAAGAGAUUGGAGGAUUUGCUACAAGAAAAUAAAGAAUUAAGGUCAAUGUUAAAACUACCCUCAAUAGCGUCGUCGAUUCAAGACGAUAGCUCGAUAAGCUGAUAAAUAGUUGUAAUUAGAAUCAAAUCAAAAUGAAUUUACAGUGCAAUAUAAUUUUAAUAAAUCAUUUAUUAAACUUAAUGGUAUUUAUUGUAUAUACAAUUGUUUAUAAAUAUUGUACAAAAUCGCUUAUUCCCAAAAUAUUAUUGUAAAUAUUAGAGGGAAGGCAAGUAGCGACAGAAUCUGUCUGUCUGUCAGUAGAAUUAGAUGCAUGAUUUUGAUAGUCAUCUUGCCUAGAGCCCCAGAUGAUGGCUAUCAGAUACCCAUGCAUCUAAUUCUACUGACAGUACUGACAUCCAACGAGAAAAAAUUAUUAAGAGGGCUUUCAUGUGAAAAAUAGUGAAAUCGCAACCGAGCGCUUAAUCAUACCGUGUGAGGUAUC